AGAAGUACUCUCUACAAUCAUUACCUUAGACACUGUCAGGAGCACAAACUAGACCCAGUCAAUGCUGCCUCCUUUGGAAAACUUAUCCGCUCCAUAUUCAUGGGACUCCGAACGAGAAGACUGGGUACUAGGGGUAACUCCAAAUACCAUUAUUACGGGAUCCGUGUCAAGCCAGAUUCCCCUCUUAAUCGAUUACAAGAGGACAUGCAAUAUAUGGCUAUGAGACAACAACCCAUGCAGCAGAAACAACGGUAUAAGCCUAUGCAGAAAGUGGACGGAGUGGGAGAUGGAUUUGCAGGAAGUGGACAACAGACA